CCUCUCGCGAGAUUUCAUAUUCGGUCUCGUAUUAAAUCACACGUCCUCUCGCGAGAUUUCAUCAUCUGUUCGUUCAAACAUGGCGGCUGCGAUGGACGUCGACACCCCGAGCGGGACAAACAGUGGCGCCAGUAAGAAGAGAUUUGAGGUCAAAAAGUGGAACGCUGUGGCUCUGUGGGCCUGGGACAUCGUUGUGGAUAACUGUGCCAUCUGCAGAAACCACAUCAUGGACCUGUGUAUAGAGUGUCAGGCCAAUCAGGCUUCUGCUACAUCGGAGGAGUGCACAGUGGCCUGGGGAGUGUGUAAUCACGCCUUUCAUUUCCACUGCAUCUCCCGCUGGUUAAAGACGAGGCAGGUUUGUCCUCUGGAUAACAGGGAGUGGGAGUUCCAGAAGUAUGGACACUGAACUUCACCUCUGUACUUUCAUCAUUAAAACAGUCUUUUUUGGUUUUGUCUGUUCAAUAUGACUGCAGUGUGUUGCUGUUAUUGUAAAAUACGGAGGAACGUUCCAAUUUUAAUUGACAUGCUAUUAAAGAAUCGUCCUUUAUCUUCUAA